UCUAGCUGGGCGGCAUGCUUCAAUAAGAUCUGUGUGGCUUCCAGCAUCCCUAUCAGUGAGUAGACUGACAGCGAGCAGAGUACGACGUGUGACCGGGUGUGGAAGACGACCACGUAGCGUGGAUAUUAAACACACUGUAGCAGGCGCAGUCUAUUCUACCACCACCAUUUUCUAGGAUGUUAACGUCGUCGACAUCGCAGUAUUUGCAUCCCGAUUAUUUACAACCUCUACCAACCACGUUAGAUGCAAAGAAGAGUCCACUGGCACUUCUAGCUCAAACGUGUAGCAGUAUUGGAAAGGAUACCACUCCAAGUAAGCCUAUAAUUCCACCUUUAGAGAAAAAAGAUCAUGGAAAAAAUUCACCAGAGAAGCAGAGUCCAGGCAGCGAAAAAUCCCGCUCAGAGAGAAAGGAGACAUCCAGUGCGGAUUCCUCCAAACAAUAUCGCUCUGCACCGCCAAAGGAUAUCCCCCCUCUAGUGCCAAUAGCAAAUCCAACGGAGAAGUUUUCAAAACCUUCCGCCGGCAGCCCGCACGCCAAAGCGAGCACAGAAACCACGUCUUCUACGAGCACUGUGCCCAGCCAUACUACCAAUAACUCUACUGCCGGGGCCCAGAGCAGCAGCAGGAUUAGUCUCAGUUGUGGAAAUAUGUUACUGGAAGUAAACCAUCAAACAUCGGCCGCUAAAUCUGGGCUUCCACCGCCGCCACCGGCGCACUCGGCAGCGGCAUACGAGGCCGCUAAGCUCGGACACUAUUUUCCUGGACUAUCAGCCGCCUCGGCCGCGGGUUUGCCGUACCCCGGCUACCCAGCCCACUUACUGGGACACUCUUUACCUGGCCUGGACCCCGGCCAGUCAUAUCGGUCGGCGCUGGCCGGGCACGGACUAGGACUUGGAUUACAUUCUGGUCUCGGCUUAAAACCAGAACUCCCAUCAGCGACUGGGGGUCACUCCUCCUCUCUGCCCUCGCCAUACGUCGCUUAUGCCACUAUAAAGACGGCCACGGGGGCCAAUACCCUUGUUCCCAUUUGCCGCGAUCCAUAUUGUACAACAUGUCAGAUCAACCUCCAGAGCGCGCAACUGACGUGUUGUGCCUCCGGCUGCACGCAAUGUAAUCAUGAGAAAGGACUUCCCGUACCAACCAGUCACAGUUUCUCCAGUGCUGGGGGCACUUCUCUUUCUGUCCCAGUUUUAGCGUCCAUAGGAGGGCUCGGCGCCGGGAGCUCGCUGCCGGCCACGUCCUUGGGUUCCAAUAUCUAUUCACACGGUCUCAGUGCGGCCCACCACGGUCUGCCCUAUGUGUGUAACUGGGUGGCCGGGGCCGAAUAUUGUGGGAAAAGAUUUUCAACUUCAGAAGAACUCUUGCAACAUUUACGUACGCAUACAUCUAGUUCUGAAUCAGCAUAUUCCUCAUUUGGACUGCCCUAUGGACUUGGUUUUCCUUCUGGCAGCAGUUUAAGUGCGUCUCAUCCACACUAUCCAACGCCAGGCUCUCUGAGCCCGAACACAUUAAGGAGACUGUACCCCACAAGUUUAAGCCCAGUUAGCAGGUACCACCCCUAUUCCAAACCCCCGGGUCUAUCCGCUCUGACCAGUACCCCUGUGCCAGGAAUGCCCCUGUCUUCAGCGGUGGGGGCCUACUACUCUCCGUAUUCACUGUACGGACGGGCGGCAGCCGUAGCACCAUAAUUAUGUGAACGAACUCGUAUUAAAUGCCAUAGUUUAAAUAACUGUACAUAAGACUGUAUAUAUUCACGUGUCAAAAAUAUUUUUUGUUCAUUGUUAAAUAUGUGACUUUUCAUACUUAUGCCUUUUUGCUGGGCAAGCCUUUGUGUUCACAGACUUCUAAAAGUCUAUAAAAUCUCCUAGAUGUCAGAAAAACUCAUUUAUGUUACUUUUACGUCGGCCUUGGGGCGUAAGAAGUUGCUGAGGUCAAUGAAAAGUGACGGGUACGGUGGUAUACAGCUUGGCUUGAGAGAUAAAGCAACUUGGGCUGACAGUUUCAGCAGGCUCGGCGCUCUAGUCUCCCGCAGGAAGGCCGACGGCAAGCAGCGAAAAGAAUAACCCUAUCAAACUUCCCAUUAUACUCAAGUGAAAACAGAGCAACUGACUUUGACAUGCUGUGAAGAAAGAUAAAUUGUCAGAAACUGCCGCGAUGAUUUAUAAUCGCCUUUGAAGUUUCAUGUAGACUGCUGGUAAUUCCUGUUAAUUACCGUCACUGUACCAUGCCCUUUCAAAGAGUCGAUCAUAAAUCUGCUAUAUCUGACGGUGAAGAAAUAAACCUUUACGCCGCCCUAUGUGAUUUGUGGCCAUCAAUUAGAGACAGGACUUUUCGUAGAAUAUGUUCUGUAGAAAAAAUGGGCUGUUUGAGAGUUGCGUGUAAAUAUUUACUUCUCUCUUCGGCAACUUCUCCAUAAAUUUCUUCAAGUUUUUUCUUUGAUGAUCGAAGCAGAGUAGACGUUCUUGACUUAUGAGCUCAACCUUUGGAUUUGAGCGUUAACAGUUUGCCAAACAAUUACAUUUUGUAUGAUGUCAUGUAUCUAAAAGAAAACUAAAUAUAAAUGUGUCAAAAUGAA